CAGAGGAAGAAAAGCACCACUGUUUAGCCGACGGCAUUAAAUUGUAAACAUUAGCAACCUGGGCAACUUCGAUCUGUUGCUGGGAUGGAAAUAUAAGGUCAACCCCAAGGUGUGGGACCAAACAUUGUUCUUCAGUGCAUGGACGCAAAGCCAAUGCGCAGGGCCACCAGCGCACGCCAAGACGCCACUGGAAUGGACAUCACCAGCCGCUGUACUCUGGGGGACCCCAACAAGCUCCCUGAAGGGGUCCCCCAGCCUGCACGCAUGCCCUAUGUCUCGGACAAACACCCCCGGCAGACCCUGGAGGUGAUCAACCUGUUGAGAAAACACCGUGAACUCUGUGACGUGGUGCUGGUGGUUGGCGCCAAGAAGAUUUACGCACACCGCGUGAUCCUGUCUGCGUGCAGCCCUUACUUCAGAGCGAUGUUCACUGGAGAGCUGGCAGAGAGCAGGCAGACUGAAGUGGUUAUCCGUGACAUCGAUGAGAGAGCCAUGGAGCUGCUCAUAGACUUUGCCUACACCUCACAGGUGACAGUAGAGGAGGGAAACGUCCAAACACUGCUCCCUGCAGCUUGUCUUCUCCAGCUGGCUGAGAUCCAGGAGGCCUGCUGCGAGUUCCUCAAGAGGCAGCUGGAUCCCUCCAACUGUCUAGGCAUCAGGGCCUUCGCAGACACACACUCCUGCCGUGAGCUUCUCCGCAUUGCAGACAAGUUCACCCAGCACAAUUUUCAGGAGGUAAUGGAAAGUGAAGAGUUCAUGCUGCUGCCUGCCAACCAGUUGAUUGACAUCAUUUCCAGCGAUGAGCUCAAUGUGCGGAGCGAGGAGCAGGUUUUCAACGCUGUGAUGGCCUGGGUGAAAUACAGCAUCCAGGAACGCAGACCACAGCUCCCCCAGGUCCUGCAGCAUGUCCGUCUGCCACUGCUCAGCCCCAAGUUCCUUGUGGGCACCGUUGGGUCAGACCCUCUCAUAAAGAGUGAUGAGGAGUGCAGAGACCUGGUUGAUGAAGCCAAGAAUUACCUGCUGCUGCCACAGGAGAGGCCACUGAUGCAAGGCCCCAGAACCCGACCACGAAAACCCAUCCGCUGUGGAGAGGUACUCUUUGCAGUUGGUGGUUGGUGCAGUGGAGACGCCAUUUCCAGCGUGGAACGUUAUGAUCCUCAGACCAACGAGUGGCGAAUGGUAGCGUCAAUGAGUAAACGUCGAUGUGGAGUUGGUGUCAGUGUUCUGGAUGACUUGCUGUAUGCGGUUGGAGGUCAUGAUGGCUCGUCGUACCUCAACUCUGUGGAGAGAUAUGAUCCAAAGACUAAUCAGUGGAGCAGUGAUGUGGCGCCCACGAGCACUUGUCGUACCAGCGUGGGAGUGGCAGUCCUGGGUGGUUAUUUGUAUGCUGUAGGGGGACAGGAUGGGGUUUCCUGUCUCAACAUUGUAGAAAGGUAUGAUCCUAAGGAGAACAAAUGGACCCGUGUGGCCUCCAUGAGUACCAGACGACUGGGUGUAGCUGUGGCUGUGCUGGGCGGGUUUCUGUACGCUGUUGGAGGGUCUGAUGGGACGUCACCAUUAAAUACAGUGGAGCGCUACAACCCCCAAGAGAACCGCUGGCACACAGUGUCUCCUAUGGGAACCAGGAGAAAGCACCUUGGCUGUGCUGUCUACCAGGACAUGAUUUACUCUGUUGGAGGGAGAGACGACACCACAGAGCUGAGCAGCGCAGAGCGAUACAACCCUAGGACAAACCAGUGGUCUCCUGUAGUGGCCAUGACGUCCAGACGGAGCGGGGUGGGCUUGGCUGUGGUAAAUGGUCAGCUGAUGGCAGUGGGAGGCUUUGAUGGAACAACGUAUCUCAAAACUAUUGAAGUCUACGAUCCUGAUGCCAACACAUGGAGGUUGUACGGAGGAAUGAACUACCGUCGGCUAGGUGGGGGUGUGGGCGUCAUUAAAAUGACUCACUGUGAAUCCCACAUAUGGUAACACCAACCCCCGCCCCACACAUACACACACAUACACUCACACACUUGUCAUCACGUUGCAAUGGAUGCCUCUUUUCACCGACUCUCGUGCCUCCAAAAGAGACGCUGUAAUUCAUGCGAGGAUGAGAAAACCGUGGGGGGAGACGAGACGGAAAGAGGAGCAAACUCUGAACUCUAGCUCAUCCCCAACCCCACUCUGAGCUCAUUAACUUUGGAAUACCCUGGUUGUCUUCACUGAUUGACUGCGGUCACCAUGAAGUGCACUGAGAGCAGAAGUCUACCAAGUACCAUUAAGCUUCCAGUUUGUAGAGGACUCAUCCUGUGACCUCCAAGUUUUUCACCCUCGAAGCCCGUCAGUCUGGGACAUUUGAUUUGGCAUGUGUGACACAAGUCAACUUCACUAAGACUGCUGCUUUAGGAAAUCAGCUCACAUUUCUGAGGUUUAAGAAGUUUAAAGCAUCAGGUCACUGAACGAGGGCUUUUUCAGUCUGUCCAGCUGUGAAAGCCUCCAUCACCUUCCCUUGUCUUAAAAUGCCAGCCCCCAUCAGCGAGUCAACGAGUUAAACAAGCAGCAGGCUGACCAGCAAAGCUUCAUUUUAUUAUUGAAGAACGAUUAUUUCCUGGAAACACAACUUUACAUAGUGACUGUCAGAGGUAAAUCCACUCUGUCUUGCUUUUUCUACUUUGCUUCUAAGUGUACAUCUCAGCUGUGGCCGUCAUAUCUCUGGGCCACAUUUGUAGCAUUAAGCAGUGAAAUAUUCUCUGAAGGCAUCUAUACACUUAGGAUGCCCAGGGAUUAUAAACAUAAUUUAUUUCACCAGGGAAGAUGAAAGCAUUAGAAGGAUGUGUAUGAAGAAGUCACUGCUACUAAACGUUUUCUCUCAAGCUUACUGUCGUUGCAUGAGGCUCUGCUGCUGCACUUUACAGGAGGCUGUAUGUUACGUUGGAUGUUUAAAGAUUUCAGCUUGGACGCUGACAGUGUGGUCAAAGGAGCAUUUUAACCCUUCAGUGGAAAGAACUUUGACACCAGAAUCAUCCAGUGGUGUGGCUGGUUUAUUGUUGGCUCCAGUGCUGAAUUCUAAAAAUGUCAGUAUGCUCCAAACACCUAACCAUGUCUAAAGGCAGAAAAGGCAGAAGUGAUCACACUAGAUACACUGAUACACGGAAUGUCAGGGCCAACACAACACAAUAUUAGGAGGAAAAUUAAUUAUAUUUUUCUGAUACACCAACAGUUAGAGCAUCCUCACCAUCCCUGGAAUGCAAAAAGUGAAGAAAGUGGGAACUUGUAACUUUAAAGGGUAAUGCUGGUCAUAUUCUAUAUUUUUGUCAUAUUAAAGAAAUCUCAAGAGAAGACUAAAACCAACAAUGUGUAAUUCUGCCAGUACUUUCUACCUUUCAUACCCUGUCUGUGCUGCUCAGCCUUAAGCCCAUUCAACCACACUGAAGUCCUACUUUAAAUCCUUAAAGCACAUAGAAAUAUAUAACAAAUAUAUACAAAAACGUAUUGCUGCCACACCAAAAAAAAAAAUCCCCCAAACAAAACAAAAAAGCAAGCAAACAGACAAGAAAAGAUCAGUAUCAGGUAAUAAUGUGAUAUAUAAUAUGAAUUCUUGGUAAAACAAGAUGUUUUUCACAUUUUUAAGACAUUUUCACAUUAUACACAUUAUAACAGGAAACUUUUCAAGUAAAAAAACUAAACAAAACAAGUUAUAACAACAUGAAAUGUUUCACAUAAGAUUAAUAGUUUAAUGUAAUAAGAAGUAUAUGUUUGAAAAAUGUGAAAAACAAUUUGUUAUUACAAAAAACUUUUCACGUUAUUACCUGAUAUUGAUCAGUAUUUGUUAUUUGAAAAACAAAAGUAAUUUAGUAAUUAUGUAAACAGCAAGUCACUGUUUUUUUUUUUUUUUUUAAACAAACUCAAAAAGGACAGUUUGGCUGGCAUUGGGGACUAGUUUGAGCAGCAGAUUAAUCCACAUUUGGUGUUCUCGUGAGUAUUUGGGGUGCGUGGGAUUGAGUCAAAAUUAACUGCAGUGUGUAAGCUCAUGGUAAUGAGGGAACAUGUCACCCAGUGCAACAAUGUGGCUCAUUGAUGUGUUUUUAAUAGUUUGGGGACAACAAUGGAGCUCUGAGGCACGGAAAACAUUAGACGUAUCAGGCUUUGAUACGCACACCAGACUUGUUAGUAAGGAGGCAUUCACUGUUGGUGUGGGCCUGCACAUGGGAUUUGUUGACAAUAAGAAAAAUAUAGAAUUCCAUCAAUCCUGAUGCAGAAAGUAUCCCAAUUUUCCUGCCAAAUAACCCUGAAUACAAUACUGCUUUAAAAAACUAGAUACAUUUCUCUGUUUCCAUAGAAAGAGGUAAAUUGUAUGUUCACAGCUUUGGCCCUAAAGUCACUCUCACGUCAACACUGGAGCCAGUGAUCUACCAACGACACAGAUGAUUUUAGCGUAUCUGUCUCAUUAAAUAAUGCAUCAAGUAAACUUUCUUUUACCAAAGUCAAGCUACAGGAGUAAUCUGAUUUUGUUAUUUUUCCUAAAUGCAAGUCUCAGGGGCACGGCCUGAUUCAACAGACACCCAAGGCUCAAGCCCAUGAUACAAGAAAUAAGUUCAGUUACAAUUAAAAAUUGGAUGAACUUUGUAAAUAUCUUUGGUCAGAACUGAAUAUUUAAUUUUUAGCCAGCCAUUUAAGAAGCUGAUCACCUCUGGGUGAUAGAUUUACCACAGCCUAGGCAGCACCAAGGCCCAAGCUUUGAUCAGACAUGUUAAUAGGAACUGUUGGACUCUCAUUUGUUAUUAUAAUGACAGAACAGCAUUCUGUAGCCAAAGGAGGUUUCACAGUUCAGCAGUUUUGAAGUAUAUAAGAGCUGUUUUCUCAUUUAAAUGGAGGUUUCUGAAGAUGGAUUUCUGUUACAUGCUCAACACUAAAACGCAUCAAGGUCUGACCUCUGUGCUGCAACAAACUCAAAAAAAAGUUGGAGAGAAAUAUUUUUUAUGCCAGUAGACUGCGAAACAUACAGUUUUGCAUUUGUCCCAGUUUGUUGUCAAAAAACACUUUAAUAUAAUUCCUAACUGUACAUGAAUAAGGUAACAGCUCCUUGUGUAAUAGUUGGUAAUUGGUAAGGUUUUGUUUUUGUUGACACAGUCAUGGUGAUCGAGAGACACAGGCCCUUUUUGUUCUGUGUUCUCAGCUCCCAGUUUUGUUUUUGUAUGUCAUCAUAUGCAGAACAGUGUAAUGGCACCACCUGCUGGAGGACAAUUAUAGUGCAGCACUGAUAUGGAUAUGAAGAAGAGCCUCUGCAAGUUACUUACUGGUCCCUGGUUGUAUGACUGAUAUCAGCUCAAUGUGAAACACAAGUGAAGAUAGACACAGUUUGAAUAGAUGGUGAAAUUGGUGUGGAUGAAUCUCGGAAUUUAUUGCACUGUGAUCUGAAAUGUAUUUUAGAUUUUAUCUUUUUUUUCCCCCUUGAUGAUAUUUUGUAUGGGUGUUUCCAGAUAUGAUGGGGGCUCAUCAUAGGUGUCGGACAUUUCAGGCCUUACACUGAGGAUGACGGAUUUAUUUCAUAGAUUCAACUCAUGUUUUGACUUGCUUUGUGUCACACACAGUCCAUCACAGUUCUGCACUUUAAAUUGUGUGUGGAACAAAUGCAUUACUGUAAUAACGAGCAAGUGAAGGCAAUGAUACAAGGCUGUUGUUAUGCAUUAUUAUAGCUUCAUUUUCAUGAGCAAGUAGGUCCUAACCUGAAUGUUGGUGUUAAUGUUUAAUAAUAUGGCAAUUCUAGAUUUUGCUGGUUUUUAGUUUUCUAUGCUAGUGGGAGAUUUCAAGUGGCAGGAUCACAGUUUGUCUGACCAUGUAGUUAUGCAAAUGUGUUAAAAUGUUAAUGUUUUGGGAUGAUUUUGCAGUCUCACAUACUGAUGCUCACUUUAUGUUACAUCUGACCAUUUCAUGCAAGAUUUUGACUUUGGAUAGAAGCUCUGUAACACAUCUUCCAUAUUGAUUGUAGUGAAUGCCUACUUUUUGUCAAACAGAAAUAUUCUUGCUGUUUCUUGAGCACAAAAUAAUGCAGCUUGGCCAACUGUGUACGCCUGCUUCUUGAGAACUCCCCAAAGAAUAUGUUGCUAUUUCUUACUGCCACAGCAUUACAUGGAAAUUCCACUCAGGUUAAGACUCCAUACAUGUUAUUGCUUUGGUUCAGCCUGUUAGUGUUGGACAGUUUUCUUGUCAGAACCAUGUUUUCCUCCAGAGUCUACUUUUAACUGACUAAGAAAAAAAAGGUGUGAUACAGAAACCACAGCAUUUGAGCCUGUGAUAUUCUUGGUGAAGGAACAAAAAGUACGGGAGGCAAAACAAACCCAGAAAAUGUUUGAAUAAUACCCAAAUGUUUCUUAUUCUAUGGUUUUGUUCCUUAUUCCCCCCAAAAAUCCCCUUUUUUAAUCAUCUUUAUCUCUCGUCUUAAUUUUCUGACAGCUAACUCUGGGGAUACUAUUUCUGUUAACAAUUACUGAUCAGGCUGUCCUAGACCAAUAAUACUGUAUUUGGUUUCCGAAACUGAGUGGAGUUUCCUUUUAAUCGUUUAAGCUACUAAUGAUGCAUUGUGAUUGUGAUGAACAGAAGUCAACCAGCCUUCAGUCAGUAGCCUAUAUUCAAAUAUCUUGUUUUGAGUAGCCUCUGUGCAGUGUGUUCAACACGUGACCCAAACAUGGUUGUGAUCUCUGGUGUUUGUUUUCAUGUAUCAAACAGCCGUCUCUCAGCUGUGGUCACUAUAGCAGCUCUGGACUCAACAUGUUCACUAUGACAAGGAUUAAACAUUUUUCUGGGA